AUGCACGAUAACAAGCGAACUCACCCCCUGUUGGAACAAGUUCCCCUCACAGUAUCACCAUUUGUGUCUCUCCCAACAGCAACAACACUAUCAUACAACUACAAGACAAUGCCCUCCAACAUUCCCCCUUCACAACUCGGCAUCGAAGCCGCUUCAGACAACCCCGCAGGCCAAGUCAAGCCCAAAUACGUGGUAUCAGGCUCAGGCCACGCAGCGCAUCCAGACGACAUCAUCGCUUCGUGUCGCGCACUAUCUGCUUACGUGACCAAGAUGCAGGAAGAUGCGGAGCGUGAACUGAAAGAGUUUGAUGAGAGGAUUAAGGAGCGCGAACUAGCUGAGAAGAGAAGAGUUGCACCGGGUUGGCUUGAUAGUGAGAUGCAUAUUCUUGAGCCUGAGAGGAGUACGCCGGUGCAGCAGCAGGGUGUUGGGAACGUGCCUGAGACUCCGAGCGGUCAGGAUGCUCAGAGUGGAAAUGCGACUGAGGAUCAAGGUGCGGAGUUGGAUAGAGCGUUUGGCGGGAUGGAAUUGAAAUAA